CCCCGGCGCCCGGAGUCCUCCCCGCCUCCCAUUGCCAUGGCUGCCGGUGGCGGCGUCGCUCCUGCCGGCGAAGGUCUGCGUUACGCCGAGUAUUCGCCGCCGGCGACCAAAAGGGCCGAUGCGGACAUCGACCACGGACUGGCAAGAAGUUUGAUAGCUGUCGGACUGGGUGUUGCAACUCUUGCCUUUGCAGGUCGCUAUGCAUUUCAGAUCUGGAAACCUCUAGAACAAGUAAUCACAGAAACGGCAAAGAAGAUAUCCACUCCUAGCCUUUCAUCCUACUAUAAAGGAGGAUUUGAACAGAAAAUGAGUAGGCGAGAAGCUAGUCUUAUUUUGGGUAUAAGCCCAUCUGCUGGCAAGGCCAAGAUUAGAACAGCUCAUAGGAGAAUUAUGAUUUUGAAUCACCCAGAUAAAGGUGGAUCUCCUUACUUAGCAACCAAAAUAAAUGAAGCAAAAGACUUGCUGGAAGCAACCACCAAACAUUGAUUGAUGCCCAAGAAGCACUCUGAAGGAAGAGAAGGGGGAAUUUAAAGCAAGAAAGUCCUGCAAAUUAAUCUAAGCCACGACCUUCACAAUUUCCGUACAUGUAUUGACCACAAUCAUUUAUUUCAAUAUUAAGGUAUAUAAUAAUAAAAUAUUAAUAAUCUAUCUGUUUAUUAUCUUUUAAAGGAACACUUUGCUUAUUUUCCUCCUUUCUCUGUGGUAGUUACACAGUGUAAGAUUUUUGUUCAUUAGUCCUAAGGUCCCCCGGCUCCCCUCCCUCACUCAAGUGUCAUCAUCAGUAACGUGGGAUUUGUGAGCAAUUAGUAGAGAUUUUCUUACUGCUUCUAUUUAUAUUCACAUUGUCCCUUGUUUCCUCAGAGGACUUUAGUACUCUGCCUGUGUAAGGUGCUUUACAUGUUUUAAGAUCAAACACUGACUGCCAUCCCAUGGGGAAAUGAUCGGAAACUCCCAUCGAAUUUACUAAAUGGUGUUUUGUAAAGUAGUGGUUAGGACUUGUUAAAGAACUCUGUUCUCUCUAAGACCCUAUAAGUGAAGCAUGAGAACUUGGAGAGCUACUAAAAUGAUUAAAGAUUUGCAAAAUGAGCCCUGUGAGGAAAGGCUGAAAAGACGUAGGAAAAGUCUGAGGAAUUUGUCUUUAAUUAUAGCCUUCCAGUACUGUAUAUUUAUUCAAUUCUUCACUUUGCAAGUAUUUAUUGACCACCUAUGAUGUGAAGGCACUAUAGUGGGUCCUCUGAGAGUUACAGGUGUGAACUAACCAUGGAUCUUGACCCCCCCCAAAAGUUAUAUUUAGAGGAAAGAUAAAUCACAGGAACACUAUUAGGGAAGUACAGGUGAUAUGCUAAAGAAGUUCAAAGAAAAAGAGAAUAUUUUAAGCUGAGAGCAUAAGGAGGAGCCUCAGAGAAUAAGUGGCUUAAGAGCUGGGCUUUAAAAACAAUUAGUAAGAAAUAUACCACAUGAUUGGUGAGUCAGUGUUGUUUCCCCUGAGAUCAGUCACAAUUAGUAGAAAUAAGAUUUAUUAGUAUGAUUGCAGUACAAGGUUUCUCAAAAGCAAUUAGAUGGAUGCAUGAUCAUGAAGGGCCAGCCUUUUAUACUGCAUGGAAUUAUUAUCUCAUAGAGCCCCAGUCAUCAUCACUUUGCUACCCAAAGUUGAGAAAACGGAUUCAGAUACAGGGUACCAGCAAUAUUUUCCUGUAAUCCUUUAUAAAUCCUGGGUCAUCCCAGGUAAACUGAGCCACUAUACUUCAUCUGUCUUCAAAUACUUUUUUAAUAUUCUAGUUGCAUCUCUCAAUUUAUGACAUCCUUUAUAGUUUGAUGGCUCUCAAUAUUCGCAAUAUUGACAUCUUGAGUUGAGUAAUUCCUCUCUCCUGUGCAUUGUGGGAUAAUUAACAACAUCCCUGCCCUUAACUGCUAAAGGCCAAUAGCACCCCCUCAGGGUGACAACCAGAAAUGUUUGCAGACAUUGCCAAAUGUCCCUUGGAGGGAAAAUCGCCCCUGGUUGAGAGCCACUGCUGUAAAUUUUAAGUACUUUUUCCUUUGGUACAUAAAAUAAUGAUCUCACUGAAUAUCAGUUGAAUCUUAGGAUCACUAAAAUAUUGUUCUCACUUUAAAGUCCCCAUGGAUGUCCUAAUUUUCUUGUGCAUUAGGGUUUUUCGUUUUUCUGGUCAUUGUUAUCCCUCUACCUUGAAUGCCCUGAUCCCUGCAUCUGCACCUGCCAAAAGCCCAGGAAUAUUCAAGGCCAGGCUAAAAUGUAUCCCUGUCUUUCUGGCGUUUCCAGCAAAAGUAAUACCAUGAGUUGCCAGUUCUCUGAGAGCAGGGACCAUAUCUAUCUGUUCACUGCUGCGUUGGCAUUCAAUAAAUAUUUGUUGAAUGAA